AUGGAGACUCAGGUGGGUGGAAUCGAGGGUGGCGUGUGUUCAGGUGGGCUGGUGCCUAUGCAGCACCACCUUUCCCAUGUCCUCCAAGCUUCCCAGCAUCUGCCUGACCCACCUCUGGGGUCUUCCAAAGCAGCUUUGAUGGAGGACUCCUCUCUGCCCAGCCCGGUGCUCUUUCUCCUCAUCCUCCAGGUCUUCCCCUGGAGCUCAGCCCUUUCUCCAGGGGAGUUCAAGGUGAUGGGACCCACGGAGCCCAUACUGGCCUGGGUUGGGGAAGAAGCCCAAUUUUCUUGUCAGCUCACCCCUUUGGUGGAUGCUAAAGAUAUGCUGGUGAAAUGGUACCGGGGAGACUCCACCCGACUGGUUCAUGUGUACCAUGAGGGCAGGACGCUAAAUGACGAGGUGAUGCCGGAAUACCAAAACCGGACCAAGAUGGAGGAAAGAGCCCUCUCCGAUGGGAUCCUCCUCCUCACAGUGAACAACGUGCGGCCCUCCGACCAAGGGGAUUACACGUGCAGCGUGGACGGCAGCACGAAUCAAAAAGGCUUUACUAUCCGGCUCAAUGUCGCAGCCAUGGGCUCGGACCCUCAGAUCUCAGUGGAGGGCCAUGUGGAUGGAAGGAUUCUGCUGGAAUGCAAGUCGGAAGGAUGGUACCCAGAGCCUGAAGUGCAGUGGAAAGACAACGCUGGAAACAAUUUGCUGUCAUCCUCUGAGUCCACAGAUCAGGGGGAAGACAAGCUGUUUUGGAAGAAGGCGUCUUUGCUCAUCACUGAAAAGGAUGAAAGGAAUUUGUCAUGCCUUUUCUGGAACCCCAUUUUGGGGCAGAAAUUGGAUUCAAAGAUUCAUGUAGCUGAUUUCCUGUUCCUGAAGAGGUCCCCAUGGUCCAUCAUUCUGGGCGUGCUCCUGACGGUUCUGAUCCUUCUCAUUGGCUUAGCUCAGUGCUUCCUCUGGAGUCAUAACAAGUUGCAAAUUUCCAAAACACCUACAGCUGAUAUAGGCUGGAGACGAUUGCAUGCAGUCAUGUUGACACUGGAUCCAGACACAGCCCAUCCGCAACUGGAACUGUCUAACGACCAUCACACGAUGAUCCUGACACAAACAUGGCGGGAUGUGCCCAGAGGGCACAGGAGAUUUAAUGUCACACCCGCUGUGUUGGGCUCUCCGAGCUUCACCUCGGGGAGACGUUACUGGGAGGUGGAGGUGGGAGAUGGAGCCCAGUGGAUUCUAGGAGUCUGCAGGGAAGGGGCAAACAUGCAGGGAAAGGUAUCAUUCAACCCCCAGAAUGGCUACUGGGCCAUGUGGCUGAAGAAAGGAAAUGGAAACUGGAUCCUGGAGUCCCCCUUUUCCCUCCUUCCCCUCGUGAAGCCCCCACAAUGUGUGGGCAUCUUCUUGGACUACAGUUCUGGGCUCCUCUCAUUUUACAGCACCACAGACAUGGUCCACCUCUACACUUUUCCCCACACCCUCUUCCACGAGCACCUUUUCCCAUUCUUUAGUCUCUGUGCAAAUCCAGAAGGAGAAAGCCCAGCUUCUCUGACAGUCUGCCCAAUAGAAGUUAACCCCACGGGGGUCCCCAAAGAGGCUCCUCAGAAGCCACCGAGAUCCCUGGAGGGUCCUGGCUCGAUCCCGGGAGAGAGCGACGCUCUCCUGGGGAGACCUUCAUCAUUUCUCCCAGUGUAA